AUGUCUUCUCUCGAUCGAGCAAACGAAGCUGUUUCCUUCCUGACCAAGAGCUUGCCCGAAGGCCUGCGAAAGCCUCAGGUAGCCAUAGUAUGCGGCUCUGGACUGGGUGGUCUGGCAGAGACUGUUCAGUCUGAACCUCGUGCGGAAUUCGACUACACUUCCAUUCCUCAUUUCCCCGUCCAACAGUCAAACAAAGUCGCUGGUCAUGCGGGGAAAUUGGUGUUUGGACUUCUUGGCCAGAAGAUUCCUGCCGUCUUGAUGGUUGGCCGUGCACACUACUACGAAGGGCACUCAAUGGAACAGGUUACAUUUCCUAUCCGAGUGUUCAAGCAAUUGGGCGUGGACACCGUUGUGUUGACGAACGCGGCCGGUGGCCUUAAUUCUGAUUAUAGCGUGGGUGAUAUCACCCUGCUGAAUGAUCAUCUAUUCCUCGCGGGACUCGCAGGAAAUCACCCACUGAGAGGACCCAAUGACGAGGAAUUUGGCGUUCGUUUCCCGCCGCUCUCCGAUGCGUAUGAUCUUGAACUUCGUCGUCACGUUCACCGAGCUUGGAAAGAGAUCACUACGCCCCAGACCAGUCGCAAACUACACGAAGGAGUCUAUGCUUUUGUCGGAGGUCCCACUUACGAAACACGAGCCGAAAGCCGCAUGCUUCGAAUGAUGGGCGCCGACGUGGUUGGAAUGUCGACCGUUCCUGAAAUUGUUGUCGCCAGACAUUGUGGUCUGAGGGUGCUGGCAAUGAGCUUGCUACUUCAAGAUAAAGCUGCAGGUGAACUGAGCGCGCUCUUGGAGGAAGGUAAGGCUGGCCACGAAGAGGUAUUGGAGGCAGGUCGGGCAGCGGCUGUGGAUAUGCAGAAAUUGGUGGUACAAACUCUGGUGAACGUGUUUGGUAGUGCGUGA